UCUCUUUCAUAUUCUCCCUUCUAGCUCAUAAUUUUCCAAAUCUAAUUAUCUUCUACGUCUCUUCUUCCUACCGCUUGUGGCCGCAAUCCCCCAUUGUUGUCCUCUCCAAUGGGUGACCAAAAUUCAAAGCUCACCCCAGAAGCCGAGGCUGUGCCUCCUAGAAUCCUUUCCCUCUUGCAGAGACGCUUCGAGGAGAUGAAGAGCCGGUCCAAGGCACGAAAGCUAAAAGCCGCUAGUACUCUCUCCAAGAAACAGCUACUUAAGGACUGUGCACAGGAGGAGGUUGAUAACUCUCUCCUUCAUUCGCCGCAGUGUUCACCAGAGUCUGACAAAAUAACGUUUCCGAAGAUACCACCAACUUUGGAGAACAAGUCCAAGGUUGCACCAAUCUCGCAGGAGUGUGACAAAGGUACAAAACAGGUUGACGAUGAGGACCAAAAGAAGGAGCAAAGUAAGAGAGAUGGGACGGAGUGUAGUGUUGAAGAUCAUAAAGAGCCAAAGGGUGUGAAUGUGUAUAUAGGAGGGGUUUUUGCAAUGGAGGACACCACAGAGGGAGAGGAAGAGGACGAAGAUAAUGAAGAUGGUACGCAGAGAAACAGAGAAUUUUUCAUGUGUCCCGCGUCACCAAGUUUUAAAAUUUAUUGCAUGGAAGCUCUGGAAAUUGAAAAUGAUAGCAGCAAGUACGACAGCACAACGGACGAGGAUAUCAAGCACAAGAAAUCGCCAAGUGCUGCUUCUGUAGACUGCAGUGUUGAUAGCCUAGCGUCAACGACUGAUCACCACGAUGGCCAGGUAACAAAGACAAAGAAGAAAGGAAGGAGAAGGAGAAGAGUACGAAAUGGAUUCGGAGUAAAGAAUCUAUUGCACAUUAAAGGAUGCUACUACCUAGGUUGCAGUGGUGGCCACGACAGAGCCACCUAUCUGGCCGAGAAAUCUGCAGCCACUUGAUCACGCAAGGAACUGUGAGCUUGAUAUACAUUGUUGAUCCAUUCCUUGACAGCGGUUGGGGUCUACUGUUUCUCUAACAUGAUAUCAGAGCUGCGGUUCCAAGAGGCCUACGGUUCAAAAUCUCCAAGCCACCACACCUAAUCACUUGUCAAGUUAAUUAACCUGCAGGGUCGGGGUUGCACCUAUACAGUCGUGCAGGAUGAAGCUGCAUGUAAGAGAACGUGUUGGCUUGAGUGAUUUUCUGCGAGGAAUGAACACGAAGAGUGAUGGUCAUUAUUUUCGUACUUUUCCUUCGGUCUCUUUCUUGUUCUUGGCCAUGAGACUUUCAUUUUCCUGCACUUCUGGGCCAUGACUCUCUAACUCAUGUCCUUCAGACCAAAAUUUGUGUCCCAAUGUAAAUCAGUAGAGAUGUACAUUGUGAUUACAGUGGACAAAGCUCUCUUGCCUGAUAUAUAUGCAUCAGGACGUUGUUCUUAA